CGGUUGGUUGUCCGUCGCAUUCUACACGUCAUUGUGACGCGCUAACAAUCGCGCUUUACUUUAAACAGACGUUGACUUUUCUCUCUUGUAGUGAAGCAGGGUCAGGAUGACAGAAAACGACGUAGAUAACGAGCUGUUGGACUAUGAGGAUGAUGAGGUGGAGGCCGGAGGGGUUGGAGAUGUUGGAGGUGCAAGUGACAUGUCGAUAAGAAAGGAGGGGGUGAAGGGCUCCUAUGUGUCCAUUCACUCCUCUGGAUUCAGAGACUUUCUACUGAAACCUGAACUGCUGAGAGCCAUAGUGGAUUGUGGGUUUGAACAUCCGUCUGAGGUUCAGCAUGAAUGCAUCCCUCAGGCAAUCCUGGGUAUGGAUGUGCUCUGUCAGGCCAAGUCUGGGAUGGGGAAGACAGCAGUGUUUGUUCUUGCCACCCUGCAGCAGCUAGAGCCCAUCACCGGUCAGGUCUCUGUCCUGGUGAUGUGCCAUACCAGAGAGCUGGCGUUUCAGAUCAGCAAGGAAUAUGAGAGAUUUUCAAAGUACAUGCCCACUGUUAAGGUGGCAGUGUUCUUUGGAGGGCUGUCUAUAAAGAAGGAUGAAGAGGAGCUGAAGAAAAACUCUCCUCAUAUUGUGGUGGGAACACCAGGCAGAAUCCUGGCACUGACGCGCAGCAAGACGCUCAAUUUGCAUCACAUCAAACAUUUCAUCCUGGAUGAGUGUGACAAGAUGCUCGAGCAGCUUGACAUGCGCAGAGAUGUCCAAGAGAUUUUCCGUAUGACUCCCCACGAGAAGCAGGUCAUGAUGUUCAGCGCCACCCUGAGUAAAGAGAUCCGUCCAGUCUGCAGAAAGUUCAUGCAAGAUCCGAUGGAAAUCUUUGUAGAUGACGAAACCAAGCUAACUCUGCAUGGGCUGCAGCAGUACUACGUCAAGCUGAAGGAUAAUGAGAAAAACAGAAAGCUCUUCGAUCUCCUGGAUGCACUAGAGUUCAAUCAGGUGGUGAUCUUUGUGAAGUCCGUCCAGCGUUGUGUAGCUCUGGCUCAGCUGCUUGUGGAGCAGAACUUUCCAGCGAUUGCCAUCCAUCGAGGGAUUCCUCAGGAGGAACGUUUGUCUCGCUACCAGCAGUUCAAGGACUUCCAGAGGCGAAUCCUGGUGGCCACCAACCUGUUUGGACGAAGGAUGGACAUUGAGAGAGUCAACAUUGCCUUCAAUUAUGACAUGCCAGAAGACUCUGACACUUACCUUCACAGGGUUGCUCGAGCAGGCAGGUUUGGAACGAAAGGCCUGGCCAUCACAUUUGUGUCUGAUGAAGGUGACGCCCGCACGCUCAAUGAUGUCCAGGACCGCUUCGAGGUGAACAUCGGCGAGCUGCCGGAAGAGAUAGACAUCUCCUCGUACAUUGAACCAGCACGAUAAACGAGCCGGACGCUCCAGUUGGACUUCGAUUCACUUUGCAGUUUUACUCUGAUGGAAGAUGCAGACUGUGUUUGUAUAAAACCUGGCAUGUCCAACAGCAGAUAUUUACCCAAGCCUGUGCUUAUUGAAAGGAAGAAAGCAGGGCCACAGCUCCCUCUGCAGGAAUGAUUCAGAAUAGACUUUGUAUGAUAUUAUUUAAGUUUCUAAUGUUGGUAUUUGUUAAUAUAUAAUUCAAGUUAUCUGGUUUUCUAGGUGUGAGUGGAAGUACCAGAGGUAGUUUAGUACUAACAGUAGAAAGGCACUGUUUACUGCUGUGGAUUAAUAACGUUUGCCUGGUAAGGUCUCCUUUAUUCUUCAUCUUCUCCUUUUUUAAAUCAACAUCCACACUCGUGCUGUUGGGAUACAUGCACAAUGUGUUUGUUAUCGUCUGACACUCAGACUUGUCAGGAUGGCAGCACAGUUUUCUUUAAAACCUCUACAUAUCACUAACGGUGCUUUCACCAAUAUUCACGGCAUAGGUGUAAAUGGAGCCCCAUAAUAUCAUGCAUGUGGGAUUUUUCACUGCUGACAGGAAGUUUGAUUCCUUCUCUAGAGCACACACCCAUCCAUCAUUUCCAAAAGGAAUCUCUUAUGUUUAAUAUCAUUAUUUGGAGUUAAAAUGAGUUUAGAUUCGUGAGUCAUUGUGAUUUUACUUUCAACAUUUUAGUAUGAUCUGUUGUAUAUUUGUUUUUAAAUCCAAGCCUUGUUGAAGACAACAUCUUGGACCAUGUAUACUUGUGAACAGCGCCUUUUAAAUUUGAGCCCCGAUCGUAUCUGACAGUCCUGCAUACAAAGGUUUUUUCACAGCGCGUCGGCCACCUUAACUCUAUGAAUCAACUGAAUAACUGGGGAAGCUGAACGAAGAUGUCUCAUCACAGCUCAUUUGGCACAACACACAAUAAUGUCUGUAUAUUUUUCAUUCUUUAGAUGUGGUCUGGUCACAUAGGGUGUAGUG